AUGGCCGACUCUGAGGGUAAGUUCUGUUUCGCCAUCGACCGCGGUGGAACCUUCACUGAUGUCUUCGCUUGUCUGCCAGAUGGUAACGAGCGAGUGAUGAAGCUCCUCUCGCACGACCCUCAAAAUUACAGAGACGCUCCCACAGAGGGCAUCCGCCGUAUACUGCAACAGGAAACAGGAAGGAGUUUUCUCCGUAAUGAGCCGCUGGACUCAUCUCUGAUUGGCUGGAUCCGUAUGGGCACGACAGUGGCAACCAAUGCAUUGUUAGAGCGGCAGGGAGAAAAGAUGGCGCUUGCCGUGACCCGCGGCUUCAAACACCUACUGCACAUCGGCACACAGGCUCGACCUGAUCUCUUCGACCUGAAAGUACGAGUGCCUGACUUGCUUUAUGAAGAAAUUAUUGAAGUGGAUGAAAGAGUCAUCCUGAAGAAAGAUGGUUGCCGUCUACCAAGCAAAGAACCGAAGCGUAUUGUCACAGGUAGUACAGGUGAGAGUUUGGAGGUAUGGACUGAGUUGGACCUGCAGCAUGUGGAGAGAGAUCUGAGAGCUGUGCUGUCUCGGGGAAUCACCAGCCUUGCCGUGCUGCUGCUGCACUCAUACAUGUACCCGGAUCAUGAGCAGGCGGUGGGCUCUCUGGCUCGGCGACUCGGCUUCACUCAGGUGUCUCUAUCGAGUGAGGUGAUGCCGAUGAUCAGAGCCGUACCUCGUGGCUACACUGUGUGCGUGGAUGCCUACCUCACACCCAGAAUACACCAGUAUGUUAGAGCCUUCACGUCUGGCUUCGAUGGACAACUCGCUGACGUGGAUGUGCUGUUCAUGCAGUCAGAUGGUGGUUUGACUCCUAUGGAUCAGUUCUGUGGUUCUCGGGCGGUUCUGUCUGGCCCAGCUGGAGGAGUCGUGGGUUACGCCCUCACCACAUACUCCAGCACACACCACACGCCCAUCAUCGGCUUCGACAUGGGAGGUACCUCUACAGAUGUGAGUCGCUAUGCUGGUCAGUAUGAACACGUUUUUGAAUCUACAACAGCCGGGGUCACAUUGCAGGCGCCUCAGCUUGACAUCAACACCGUAGCAGCAGGAGGAGGAUCUCGACUUUUCUUCAGGUCUGGGAUGUUUGUCGUGGGUCCUGAGUCAGCUGGUGCUCAUCCUGGUCCAGCUUGUUAUCGAAAAGGGGGUCCUCUCACAGUUACAGAUGCGAAUUUAGCCCUUGGCCGUCUCCUCCCUUCGUUUUUCCCUCACAUCUUUGGUCCUGAAGAGAACGAGCCUCUCUCCAUAGAUGAAACCAUGAGCCAUUUCCAGAAGCUCACCAAAGAGAUCAACCACUACCUCUCGAGCAACCAAUCACAAUGUGAUGGAGACAAUCACACAAAUAGUGACGUGUCAAAAAGUGACAAAUCAGAAAUGACUGUGGAGGAGGUUGCGAUGGGAUUCAUCAGAGUUGCAAAUGAAGCAAUGUGUCGGCCAAUCAGAGCACUGACACAGGCAAAGGGCCAUGAUACGUCUCAGCACACGUUGGCGUGUUUUGGAGGAGCAGGCGGGCAACACGCCUGUGCCAUCGCACGAACGUUGGGCAUGAAAACCGUCUAUAUACACAAGUACAGCGGAGUGUUAUCAGCGUAUGGUUUGGCUCUAGCGGAUGUCGUAGAGGAGGUUCAGGAGCCGUGUUCUCUGCAGUAUAACACACACUCUUACUCGGAGCUCGACUGCCGGAUCCAGCAACUCUCGCAGCGCUGCCACAACACACUGCACAAACGUGGAUUCAACAGUUCUCAGAUCAGUAUAGAGGUAUUCCUGCACAUGCGUUACGACAGAACAGACUGCGCUCUCAUGAUCAGUGCCAGUGAAGCUCCGCCUCACGCUCAGUCCUGCUCUUCCGGAGACUUCCGUACCGCCUUCACCACACGCUACAUGAAGGAGUUUGGUUUCACCAUCGUUGACAGACCCAUAAUGGUGGAUGACAUUCGUGUUCGUGGAUCAGGAAAAUCUGGAAUCAGGACAACGGCCAUGGCUCAGACAGGAAGUCGAUCACCAAAACUGACACAGAUGACCAAGUGUUACUUUGAGGACCGAUAUCUGGAUACGAGCGUGUUCAUGUGGGAGGAUCUGUCAUGUGACCACAGCAUCGACGGGCCAGCGAUCAUCAUCGACAAGAACAGCACCAUCCUGGUGGAACCAGGCUCUUCGGCCCGUCUGACUGCAAGCGGAGACGUGUGUAUCGCUGUGGGAACGGACAGUAAGUGUGUCCUGGGGACAGAACUGAACGCAGUGCAGCUGUCCAUCUUCUCUCAUCGCUUCAUGAGCAUUGCAGAGCAGAUGGGCCGUGUGUUACAGAGAACCUCCAUCUCCACUAACAUUAAGGAGCGGCUGGAUUUCUCCUGUGCUGUAUUUGGACCUGAUGGAGGUCUGGUGUCAAAUGCUCCUCACAUUCCUGUUCAUCUAGGAGCCAUGCAGGAGACUGUGCAGUACCAGUUGAAGGCGAUAGGCAGCAGUCUGAAGGAGGGAGACGUGAUACUGAGUAAUCACCCGUGUGCCGGAGGAAGCCACCUGCCCGACCUCACCGUCAUCACACCGGUGUUCCGUCAUGGUGUGAGUGGCCCAGUGUUUUUCGUGGCCAGCAGGGGGCAUCAUGCUGAUAUUGGGGGCAUCACUCCAGGCUCGAUGCCCCCUCACUCCACCUAUCUCCAGCAGGAGGGGGCGGUCUUCAUCUCCUUCAAACUCGUCACUGAGGGAGUCUUCCAAGAGCAGGCGGUGACAGAAGCUCUCCUGGCUCCUGCUCGUUACCCAGGAUGCUCCGGGACACGUAAUCUCCAUGACAACCUGUCGGACCUGAGAGCUCAGGUGGCGGCCAAUCAGAGAGGGAGUCAGCUGGUGGGGGAGCUGAUCGACAGCUACGGACUGCAUGUGGUGCAUGCAUACAUGGGCUACAUUCAGAGUAAUGCAGAAUUGGCUGUCAGAGACAUGUUGAGAGAAUUUGCACGUCGACGGCGUGAGCAGAGCAGCUCGUUAGACGUGGAAGCUGAAGAUCAGAUGGAUGACGGAACACCGAUUAAACUUAGAGUGCAGAUAAACGAGCAGGAGGGCAGUGCGGUGUUUGAUUUCUCAGGUUCGGGUCCAGAGGUGUGGGGAAACUGUAACGCUCCUCGUGCCAUCACACUCUCUGCUCUCAUUUACUGCCUACGCUGCAUGGUGGGACAGGACAUCCCUCUCAACCAGGGCUGUCUGGCCCCCAUCACAGUGAUCAUCCCCGCCGGCUCCAUCCUGCACCCUUCCCAGAAUGCCGCAGUGGUCGGAGGAAAUGUGCUGACAUCACAGCGAGUAGUGGACGUCAUCUUCCGAGCAUUCGAAGUGUGUGCUGCAUCACAGGGCUGUAUGAAUAACAUCACAUUUGGCAAUGAGAAGUGUGGCUACUAUGAAACAGUUGGGGGCGGAGCAGGGGCAGGGCCAGGCUGGAACGGGCGGAGCGGAGUCCAUAGUCACAUGACCAACACACGCAUCACAGACCCUGAGAUUCUGGAGAAGAGGUACCCGGUGGUGUUGGAGCAGUUCUCUUUGCGAGCCGGAUCUGGAGGUGGGGGUCAGUAUCGUGGUGGUGAUGGUGUGAUCCGGAAGCUUUUCUUCACUGAUGAAGUGAUUCUGUCAGUGCUGACAGAGAGACGCUCGACACGUCCAUAUGGUCUGCGUGGAGGACAGAGUGGAACAGCUGGACUGAAUCUGCUACAUCGAGCUGAUGGACGAGUGUUAAACCUGGGAGCAAAGACCUCAGUCAGCCUCAACCCUGGGGACAGGUUUGUUCUCCACACCCCCGGAGGAGGAGGUUACGGUACAGAGGAAGAGGAGGAGGAUGAGAAGCAGCACUCACCCUCGAAGCAGCGCUGUUUAACCCGAGUGUUCACUGAGAGAACAAGUGUGUAUGAAGAUCGCCGAGCUCAGGAGAACAUCUGACCGCCAAAUCAACUCCAAUAAAGGACUUUCACUGACAUCAAAGGUUUUUGUUUUUCAUGCAGCGUCCGCCAUAC